CAGCGAGUAUUUUAGGGACACAUGACUGACAGAAGUGUUUCCUUGUGCGUCCACUCAGGUGUGCAGGGUGUCCAUCAGAUAUCAUGGCUUACCUGUCGCUUUACUGAUGAAAAAGUAGUUUUGAACAAGUCAAGACACGUGGAAACUCAUUUUAUUCCAAGACAGGUAAUGUUGCAGUUUGGUGAAAAGGGGGACCCUCCUAUUAAUCCAGAUGGCAUCACCUUCCUGCUCACAGCAUCCAAAUUGGACCUCCGGCGAUAUGUUGAGGGUGUGGAACCAGAGGAGCUGGAGUGUGAACUUCGCAGGUACAGCACAGAGGGUAUCCACGUCCGCUGGCCUGUCCAGGGAGCGCUGGGGUUCAACCGCUGGUUCAGCUGCACCCUCAAACACAGCAAGGGCCUCUUCAUGGUCACCGGCGUCCUACGACACCCGUCUGACCAGGGUCCCCCGGGACAGCAGGACUACCGCAGCUGGCCGGCUAUUUCUGACAGAGAGCUUCUUCCAAUGACAGUUGCCAUGGUGAUCAAAACCCAGACUCCAGUAGUGAACGCCCGCCUGAGGUCGGAGCAAAAGCUCCACUGCAAGUUUGCCUUUGAUCACCGCGGGCCAAAAGUGACUGUGGAGUGGCACCGGCAGCACCGUGGAGAGAGGUCCAGGCUCUUCAGCCAUGACAGCCGCUCAGGACAGACCCACGGUUCUGGUGUGGCGCUGAAAGGCCUCGCGAGAGGAGUCGCCUCGUACACGCUGCCUUUCACCAAGACGAUCAGCGAAGGAACCUACAUUUGCUCCGUGUCUGUAGUUCCACUGUUUGCCAGUCUGGACAUCAGUCUGCACAUUGAAGAGCCGCCCCGUGUUUCUCUCAACGUGGGUCCCACUCUGGUGAUGGAGGAGGGCAAGGAGCAGAAGAUCAUGUGUGAGGCAGAGAGCUACUAUCCUCUGGAUGUGGACAUUGCGUGGUAUGAGCAGGACCUGCAAGCAUCGCUGGAAAAUGUCCUGAUGUCCAGCCACAAACACAACGCGGACAGCACCUUCUCCCUGGCAGCUUUCUUUUACCUGCAGGCUUCUCUGAAUGCUUCGGGGAGGCAGUUUACGUGCAGCGUCACCCAUCAGUCCUUGAGAGUGCCCAUCAGGCAGAGCUUCAUCCUGGAGGUUGAAGAGCCAUCCAGUUGGAUGCUGAAACUCACUCUUGGCUUCUUGGUGUUCAUACUGUUGGCCGUUCUGGCUCGCCUGAACUCAGCAAGAAGACAUUCAGUACAGAAGAAACCAGACUGAGAGAACUUGCUGCCAUGACAAGAACCAGAAGUACCAGUGAAGACAAACUAUGUCUCUGAUUUGCGUUGUAAACUUUUGGCGAAGACAGUUGAAGAACCAGGUUCUAAACUACUUUUGUUUACGUUUGUGUGCACUGAAUUUAGAUAACCAGGAAAGCCUGGAGUUGACUUUCGAUGGUGUGAAUGUUCUUUUAUUGAUAAGGUGGAUUAGAUUGUUUGGUGAAAGAGGCUUUGAGUGGACUGACAUUUACCUGGUAAAUGUCAGGGGAAUGACGGGGGCCCGUCCCUCAUAAUUGCUGUGAUGCCUAAUCAAAUAUAUAUAUCCAUCCCGUGACAAGUGGGGGGACACAGGAUGGAGAGUUGAAGAUUUCUUGCAGAGAAAAAAAAGUGGCUUAAUUUUCUGCAUUUGUACAUAUAUUGGGACUAUAGUGACAGUAGGGCUGCAACUAACGACUAUUCUGAUAGUGGAUUCGUCAACUACUACUGAAAUGCUUAGUCGACUGAUCGGAUAAUACUCAAAAUGAUGAAAUGGCUCUUAUUUUUAUUUAAAUUUUGCACAAGAUUGUUUAUGAUGCACUAAUUAUAAAUUAAAGACAUUAAAGAUGGACUCUUUAUUCAAAACAGAACAGAAGAAAACUUCAGAGAUGGAUAAAUCUAUAACAGAUCAAUCAAGGUUAGAAAUGGACUAUACCAAGCAAGAAUUAAAAUUAAAAAAUGAUCAUCUGCAGCAGCAGGUAAGACAAUUAUAGGAUGACAGGAAACAAUUGGAAG